AUGAAUGUUGUAGAUAUAUAUACUGCCGGUUCUUUACGUUAGGACUGCUGGUUUCUACUAGCCGGUUGUAACUGUUCGUUGCCGCCGUAGCCUCGCCGAAACCUCGCGGUGGCAAGAUGCUGAUGUCAACCAUCAGCCCCUACCUGAACUUCUCGACCUGGGUGUCGCUGUACCCCAACAUGACCGUCACAGGGUCUCCGCCGUGGGAGGAAAACUCAACCUUCGGCUACGGGACCGCACCGACUCCCCGGUACUACCCCUACCCGGGGUACGAGCAUCCUGACACCGCAGAAGUGACGAUAAAGAUCGUGGUGUACUCCCUGCUGUUACUGAUGGCUCUCGUCGGCAACCCCAUCGUCAUCCUCAUCGUGUCUCUCAACAAGACCAUGUGGACGCCCACCAACUUCUACAUCAUGAACCUGGCCAUAGCAGACCUGCUCAUAGCCCUGUUCUGCAUGUGGAUCCAUCUGGUCCAGAGCAUGAUACCCAACUGGAUCUUCGGGGACUUCAUGUGCCGCUUCAACAACUUCAUUCAAGGUGCAUCGGUAGCCUGCAGUAUCCUGACCAUGACGGUGAUCGCCAUGGACCGCUUCUACGCCAUCAUCUUCCCGCUGAAGGCCCGGGUUACCGACACUAACGCCGCCGUGGUCAUAUCGCUUGUCUGGAUCGCCGCCAUCGCUGCCAACGUGCCUCUACUGGUGGUCCUGGAACAGAAGGAGUAUCUGUGGGACGACGGCUUUCUGGAGGUGUGGUGCUUUGAGAGCUGGCCCAAUGACAACUACCACGGCUACAGGCAGGCCUACUCCAUGUUCCUGUUUGUCGCCAUCUACACUAUCCCAAUGCUUGUCAUGACCGGAGCCUACGCCAUGAUCGGCAAAAAGCUGUGGAACAAGAUGACUCCCGGAGUCACCAUCAUGUCAAUGGAAUCCGCACAGGCUAAGAUCAAGAAAAAGGUAAUCAGGAUGCUGGUCGUCUUGGUCCUGGUUUUCUUCGUCUGCUGGACUCCUUACCAGAUCAUCCAGCUGUACAAGGACUUCAGGAGAAAAGGACCGCUUCCUGACUGGUUCGGGGACCUUCGCUACGCAGCUCUGCUGCUCGGCUACGCCAACUCCUCCUUCAACCCCAUCAUCUACGGCGGCUUCAACGAGAACUUCCGGAAGGGGUUCCAGGACGCCAUGAAGAUCACUUGUUGCCGGAGCAACCGGGUGGAACCGGAAAUGCCGCGGGUCUACCAGGACGACCAGGGCGCCAACGAUCUGGAGCUGCGACCGGAAGUCAUCGAGACGGUGUCUGAGCACAUGUGAGGCGUGAGGCCAAGGAAGAAUAUACUAUAGACCAUUACAGCAUCCCUUGCAAUCCAAGCUGUAAGCAUUAAGUACAACGCUGCAUUUGGCAGUGCAGUAACUGACCAGUAACUUUUCUUUCUUGGAUUGUCAAAUAGCUCGGGGCCAAGGAAGAAUAUAGACCAUUCCAGCAUCCCUUGCAAUCCAAGCUGUAAGCAUUAAGUACACUGACUGACAAUGCUGCAUUUGGCAGUGCAGUAACUGACCAGUAACUUUUCUUUCUUGGAUUGUCAAAUAGCUUAUAAGUAGUCCGUGA